AACAGUCACACAAACGUUGUGUGUAAAACAAAGUGAAAUCGUUGCUGAUAUUUUCAUUUCCUCUAUCAUUGCUCAUUCCACCAUACAACCAAAGUUGUCUCAUUUCGAGCAACAGAUGACGAAUCCUGGCUCUAACCAAUCGUUCCAAGGACUCUUGAUCUUGACCGUUUGAAACAUACCCCCCACCAUCAUUCUAUUCCGACCGUUUGCGUCUAAAGUUUUGACCUUUUUGGUCCGUAAAACAAGAAAAACGGAAAAAGGGGGAAAAGGGUAGAGAUGUGGCGCGUGAAAGUUACUCUCUUUAAACCCCAUUUUAUAUAAUUUACUCUCAAGUCUCAACUUUCGAAGCGUUCUCCCAGUACUUCUCAUCAAUGUCUUCGACACUAGGCGGCAACGAAGGAAACGAGAUAGCGUUCUUCGACCUAGAGACGGCGGUUCCGACAGAAACGGGAAAGCCUUUCGCAAUUCUGGAGUUUGGAGCUAUCUUAGUCUGCCCUAGGAAGCUAGUUGAGCUCCACAGCUACUCAACUCUGGUUCGACCCACUGACCUUUCUCUCAUCUCCACGCUCUCUAAACGGCGUAGCGGUAUCACGCGCGACGGAGUCCUCUCCGCCCCAACAUUCCUCGAGAUAGCCGACCAAGUCUACAGCAUUCUCCAUGGAAGGAUAUGGGCAGGACAUAACAUAAAGAGAUUCGAUUGUGUCAGAAUAAGAGACGCGUUUGCAGAGAUUGGUCAUUCUCCACCUGAGCCUAAAGCUAUAAUCGAUUCUCUUUCCUUGUUAUCUCAGAAGUUUGGUAAGAGAGCUGGUGACAUGAAGAUGGCAUCAAUUGCUAAAUACUUCGACCUAGGAGAUCAAACACAUAGGAGCUUAGAGGAUGUCCGGAUGAAUCUUGAAGUUGUCAAGCACUGUGCAACCGUCUUGUUUCUGGAGUCUAGUGUUCCUGACAUUCUAACAGAAAUGAGUUGGUUUUCACCAAGGAGAAGUCCAAGAAAGCAAAGUAAUGACAAGUCACUGCCUAGUGGAGUUAAAGAAAGCUUGGCUUCUUCCUCCUCCUCCUCCUCCUCGAGCUCCAAAACUGAUCUGAGUUUGUCUUCAGUGGAUGAUGCCACCACAGACAUCGAAAACCAUCCCAUCGUUUCUCUCCUAACAGAAUGCUCAGAAAAUGAUACUUCUUGCUCUGGAAUAGAUCCAUCUGAUAUAACCACUCUCAUAAGUAAACUACACAUUGGAACUCUUCAGACCGAUGCUGCAGACGAAGCACAGGAUGAGUCAACUCCACCACCUGAUCCUGAUGCCAAAGAUGAAAACUUUUUGAGGGUUGAUGAAGUAUCUGUUUCUAGCAUCAGGGCAAGUUUUAUCCCCGGGAGCUUAAGAAUGGAGCUGUUCCAUGACGACGACGACCCUCUGCAACUCUGUGUGGACAGCUUGAAAAUCCGGUUUGGAAUAAGCCGGAAGUUUUUGGAUCAUUUAGGCCGACCCAGGUUGAAUAUUGUUGUCGACUUGCCUCCUGAUUUAUGCAAGAUCUUGGAUGAAGCCAAUGAUGUUGCACAUAAGUUAUCUAUUGAGUCAGGCACAGCCUCAGAGUGGAGGCUCACCGUUAUGAGGAAAAAAGGCUUUACCAACUAUCCCACAGCAAGAUUGCAAAUAAGCUCAGAAUCAAAUGGAACCGAGGUGUACCAGAAAGAAGAACCUUUGGAAACCAUUCAAAAGCUCGAUUUCAGUAGCGACGAGUUUGAAGAGCUCGAGUCAGCGUUACUUCCUGGUACACUGGUUGAUGCAUACUUCUCACUGGAGCCUUAUGAUUAUCAGAAAAUGGCAGGGAUACGUCUAGCAGCCAAAAAGUUGGUUAUCCACAUGAAGAAAUGAUCCACAAAAAUCAUUCCUCUGCCUCUUCCUAGUCAGUAAGCUAUCUCUGUUAUUUGGUUAGUGAUCAGUUGCUAAUUAGUUAUCUAAAAUGAUUUGUCUUGUACCGAUCAAUGACUAGUAGUAGUGUAACAUUCAUUCUGAUUCUACAAUCAAAUCAUGGAU